AUGCCGCUCCCCAAGACAGAAUAUUUGAGUGACUCCUGGAAGGAUGGGAUCUUCGCAAAUAAAGUGGUCUUCUGCACAGGAGGCGCCGGUACUAUCUGCAGUGCCCAGGUCCGGGCCUUAGUACACCUUGGUGCUAACGCCUGCAUCAUCGGCCGAAAUGUAGAGAAGACCGAGCGUAUGGCCCAGGACAUCGCGACAGCCCGACCCGGUGCCAAGGUGAUUGGGAUUGGUUCCGUGGACGUGCGCCAGCUCGAGAGUUUGCAGCAAGCAGUUGAGCGCUGUGUCAAGGAGCUUGGAGGUAUAGACUUUGUCAUUGCUGGAGCGGCGGGUAACUUCCUCGCCUCGAUCGAGCAACUCUCAGUCAAUGCUUUCAAAUCAGUCAUGGAUAUUGACGUCUUGGGCUCUUAUAAUACUCUCAAAGCAACUCUGCCGUAUCUAAGAGAGUCAGCAAGCAAACACAGAAUAGACUCGAAGACUCUUCAACCAUCACCGAUUGGAACCGGUGGAAGAAUUAUCUUUGUCAGUGCCACCAUCCACUACCGGGGUAUGCCCUUCCAGACCCAUGUAUCCGUUGCCAAAGCUGGUAUCGAUUCCUUGUCGAACAGUGUUGCGAUCGAGUAUGGUCCUCGCGGGAUGACUUCCAACAUUAUUGCGCCGGGCCCUAUCGCAUCGACUGAGGGCUUGGAACGUCUGCUGCCAUCAGAUGCCAUGGAGGCCUACACGAAAGCUCAGCCGCUCGGCCGCUUUGGCCAUGUCCGCGACAUUGCCGACGCUACCGUGUAUCUCUUCUCAGACACUGGCAGCUAUGUUAGUGGUCAAACGCUUGUUGUGGACGGUGCAAACUGGCGCAUGUCGGCAGGUGGUGCUUCCGGUGGGAGCUUGUCUUACCCGGACUUCUUGCUUUCGGGAGAUGAUGUACCCAACGUGACGGGCAAAAAGUCUAAGCUUUGA